AUGGCUGCUGCGCGGAGGUAUCACACUGCAUCACUGUUAAAUGAUGGAAAAGUAUUGAUAGCCGGUGGUGAUGGCAUCAGUGGUUCGCUCAAGAGUGCUGAGCUCUACAAUCCAAGCACACAAACAUGGACCACGACUACCGGCAACAUGGCUGCUGCGCGGAAGUAUCACACAGCCACGGUAUUAACUGAUGGAACAGUAUUGGUGAUUGGUGGUUAUAGCGGCAGUGCUUUCUUAAAUACUGCCGAGCUCUACAAUCCAAACACACAAACAUGGGCCACGACUACCGGCAACAUGGCUGCUGCGCGGAGGUAUCACACUGCAUCACUGUUAAAUGAUGGAACAGUAUUGGUGAUUGGUGGUGAAAGCGGCAGUGGUGUAGUAAAUACUGCUGAGCUCUACAAUCCAAGCACACAAACAUGGGCCACGACUACCGGCAACAUGGCUGCUGCGCGGAGGUAUCACACUGCUUCACUGUUAAAUGAUGGAAAAGUAUUGGUGGCUGGUGGUGACAGCGGCAGUGCUUUCUUAAAUACUGCCGAAGUCUAUAAUCCAAGUACACAAACAUGGACCGUAACUUCUAACGACAUGAAUGUUGCACGGGGAUAUCACACUGCAUCAAGAUUAAACAAUGGGAAAGUUUUGGUGGUUGGUGGUUCCGAUCGUGCUGGAAGCAUUAUUCAAACUGAACUCUAUACACCGGUAUAG